AUGGGUAACCUGCCGCGCGGGCGCGUGACCCCCGCUCGCCCGUUUCUUCGGACUGGAGUGGACUACGCCGGGCCGAUUCUUGUCCGCACUAGCAAGGGGCGAGGUCAUCGGGCCCACAAGGCCUUCAUUGCCGUCUUCAUCUGCCUCGCCUCCAAGGCGGUCCACCUCGAGGCGGUGUCCGAUUACACGACAGAGGCCUUCCUCGCCGCUUUCCGUCGUUUCACCUCGCGGCGCGGCCUGUGCGCCGAGGUUUUCUCGGACUGCGGUACCAACUUCGUGGGAGCCGAUAGAGUACUGCGAGAAUUCUUCAGGGCCGCGUCACCCGACGGCCGUCACAUCGCUAACGCCGUGACCGACCAAGGCAUCAGGUGGCACUUUAACCCGCCGGCCGCACCACACUUUGGUGGACUUUGGGAGGCCGCGGUAAAGUCCACUAAACACCACCUUCGUCGAGUCAUCGGCGAAACUACACUCACGUUCGAGGAACUGAGCACCUUCCUCGCUCAAGUCGAGGCUUACUUAAACUCAUGGCCACUGCAGGCUCUCUCAGACGACCCGGACGACGUUUCAGCACUAACGCCGGGUCACUUCUUAAUCGGUGCCCUUUUCUUGGCCGUGCCCGAGCCGCCACUCACACAGAAGAAGGACAAC